GUUGGGAUUUACAGUCUCCUUUAACGCUUGCUGGGACCUUGGAAAAAAAGAAGAGUUACACCAUGUACAGCAAGUGAAAGAAAAGUCUUGUGUGUUUCCAACAGAAGUUGAGGCUUUUCCCCCGCUGCUUCUAGGAGUGAAAAGCGUUGCCUUUAAUACACUUGGAGUGAGACUAAAGAUUACAGUGGAAGGGAAGAUUGACAUGGUUCAACAGUGUCUUGGAAAAACCCAUAACUAGAUGUUAUUAGAAAAACCCAUCACUGGAAAAUGAGCACUGGGAAUAUUACUGAUAACUUCUCAAAGGUAAUUGAAGAUAGAAAACUGGCCUAAAAGCAAAAUCCAGAGAAAAUUGGGAACUUGCCUGCAUUUGCCCCAGAGUACAGAACACUGUUUUUGGAUUCUGCUAUUUCCAGGGAUUUUAGAAGGCAUCCCCAUCGAAUGGGGAAGGAAUCCCAUAAAAGAGAUUUAGGAACCUCCCCUCCAAGUAGACACUGUGCUGUUCAUGUUGUUGGAUCCUUGAAGGCUCACUUAUAAAACGGUCCACACAUGAAGUCACCAUAAAGAGGGUGGAUCACACUUCUUAUAAACCUCAUCAUUUUGAGGUGGGGCUAAGAUGAGCAUAACCAGCGACGAAGUGAAUUUUUUGGUAUAUCGUUAUCUCCAGGAGUCAGGUUUUUCCCAUUCGGCCUUCACAUUUGGUAUUGAAAGUCACAUCAGUCAAUCCAAUAUCAAUGGAACAUUAGUGCCACCUGCUGCCCUUAUCUCCAUUCUCCAGAAAGGCCUGCAGUAUGUGGAAGCUGAGAUCAGCAUCAAUGAAGAUGGUACAGUCUUUGAUGGCCGCCCCAUAGAGUCCCUAUCGCUAAUAGAUGCCGUGAUGCCUGAUGUUGUACAGACCCGACAGCAAGCAUUCAGAGAAAAAUUAGCUCAGCAGCAAGCCAAUGCAGCAGCAGCAGCUGCAGCCGCCGCAGCCGCAGCCACGGCCGCAGCCGCCGCAGCCACUCCGGCAACCGUCUCCCAGCAAAACCCACCAAAGAAUGGAGAAGCCACUGUGAAUGGGGAAGAGAAUGGGGCACAUGCAAUAAAUAAUCAUUCAAAACCAAUGGAAAUUGAUGGUGAUGUUGAAAUUCCACCCAACAAAGCAACAGUCCUUAGGGGCCAUGAAUCUGAGGUGUUCAUUUGUGCCUGGAAUCCUGUCAGUGAUCUCCUAGCAUCUGGGUCUGGAGACUCAACUGCAAGGAUAUGGAAUCUUAAUGAAAACAGUAAUGGUGGUUCUACCCAGCUAGUUUUGAGGCAUUGUAUACGAGAAGGAGGACAUGAUGUCCCUAGUAAUAAAGAUGUCACUUCAUUGGACUGGAAUAGUGAUGGAACACUGUUGGCUACAGGUUCAUAUGAUGGUUUUGCAAGAAUAUGGACAGAAGAUGGUAACCUGGCAAGCACCUUAGGUCAACAUAAAGGUCCCAUCUUUGCUUUAAAAUGGAACAAAAAGGGGAAUUACAUUUUGAGUGCUGGUGUUGAUAAAACAACAAUAAUUUGGGAUGCCCAUACAGGAGAAGCUAAGCAGCAAUUUCCUUUUCAUUCAGCCCCUGCCCUGGAUGUAGAUUGGCAAAACAACACUACGUUUGCAUCCUGCAGCACAGACAUGUGUAUUCAUGUAUGCCGACUUGGCUGUGAUCGCCCAGUCAAAACCUUCCAAGGACACACAAAUGAGGUCAAUGCAAUCAAAUGGGAUCCUUCUGGAAUGCUGUUAGCAUCCUGCUCUGAUGACAUGACGUUAAAGAUUUGGAGUAUGAAGCAAGAUACAUGUGUCCAUGAUCUUCAGGCCCACAGCAAAGAGAUAUAUACCAUCAAAUGGAGUCCGACAGGACCAGGCACCAGCAAUCCAACCUCCAACAUCAUGUUAGCAAGUGCAUCGUUCGAUUCUACUGUCAGACUGUGGGAUGUUGAACGGGGAGUUUGCAUCCAUACACUGACCAAGCAUCAAGAACCUGUCUACAGUGUAGCAUUUAGCCCUGAUGGAAAGUACUUGGCUAGUGGUUCUUUUGAUAAAUGCGUCCACAUCUGGAAUACUCAGAGUGGAACUCUAGUACAUAGCUACAGAGGCACUGGAGGAAUCUUCGAGGUAUGCUGGAAUGCUAGAGGAGAUAAAGUAGGAGCAAGUGCAUCUGACGGCUCUGUUUGUGUUCUAGAUCUGCGGAAGUAAAGGCAAAAAGCCUAUAGAAAAAUUUUUAAAUGGACCAGCAGUGAAUGUGUGGGGUAGCAGCACUCUUCAAAAACAAUUCUAACAGCUCAAAACUGUACGAACUUGACUUAAGUUAGAGUGUACAAUGACAACAACUCUCCCUGGCCACAGGAGUCUAGUAUUUUUCUGUAAUCUUCAUCAAGGAGUAAAACACACACACAGACACACACACACACACAUACACACACACACACAUACACACAAACACAGUCAUAUCACAGGGGAAAGGAUGGUUUCCACCUGGAACAUUCAGCCUUGGAAGCAUGAAGCCACCAGCUAGACACUGCAACUGUUGGGUUUGCAUCUGAGAACUCAUUCUGAUGGCUGGGAAAACAAAAACAAACAAAAAAAACAAAACCAUGAAAGCUGUGCCAAAAAGAAAACGAAAACAAAAACAAAAACAAAACAAAAAAAGCAAAAUGCUGUGAUAAACCAAAAGGGAAAAAAAUUCCUCCUCCUUGUGGUGUUUUUUUUUCCUUCCAAUUUGGACACUACAGUUGCUUUCCCAAAGGAUGUUCAGAGACCAGUUUGUACUGAUGAAAUGCGCGACUUUGUAAUCUCAACACUUUCUAUUUUCUAGAAUUCUUUUUGUUCAGUGGUUUUUCUAUCAGCUGGAAUAUUAUAGCCUGGCCACCCACAGGCUUAGAUUGGAACUGGGAUUUUCCCUUCUUCCACUGUUCUGUUUUGUUCCUCUUCUUUUUUUUCCCUUCCUUUUUUUGGUUUUGUUUUCUUUUUUAUUUGUUCAGUAAGCCCACAGUAGAUGUAGCCUGAUGGACAUGACAAAAUUUUUGAAAGACAGCUUUCUUCUUCCUCCUCCUCUAUCAUGCCCACCUUCAUCUCUUCAUUCACUCCUUCUCUCUUUCUUUUAGUCCUCCACACUAUAGACCUUAGCAUCUAAGGGGCACUUUCCAUAAAUUGUAUAUUAAGUGCUUUAUGUGAGAGUAGAGGGCUAAAGGAACUUUUUACAGGAGAAAGAUGACUUAUAAGAGAAAGAACCCGGAAUAUUUUUGGAAAAAAUAUUUUUAUGUUAAACGAUUUUAAAAACCUAAAAUUGCCACCAGAAAUAGGCAGAUUUGUGUGAUUCAUGUAAAAAAAGACACAGACAGAGUUUGAAGUACUUAAAGAUGCAGUAUCCCUUUUCCUCUUUGCCUCAUGAAAUGCUAUAGGAAAAAAUGUGGUUGAACAGAUAUCAACCUUUUCUCCCCCACUUACUGUGUGAGUUAUUUUAUUAACACAUCAGCUUGUUUGCAGCGUGUGUAAAAAAAAAUUCAAACUCUUGGUUCUAAGUACAGUAUUUCAUUUUUCAAGCUUUAGAUUCACCUUAGUAGCUAACAACAAUAAGUAAAUGUCAGGCUAUAGGCACCUAGGACUCAACAGAAAUUUCCAAACUCAUAAAGUGUUGAAGGUGCCAUUAAAACCUACCCCCAAGGCAUGAUUUCAACUAUUAUUCAUUCCUUUUUUUCUUUUUUUUUCUUUUUCUUUUCUUUUUUGCAGUAACAGACACAACUCUUUGGUAUCAUCACCAUUUUAGAGAUUACCAUUGGCUAGUCAUCACAGAGUAGACUUUAAAAGGCUCCAAGAUCAGACUUUAGAGAAUAACCAAAAUAAAUGUGAGGAAGAUUUUUCCUUCCUGAGGAUGAAAUAUGUAGGUAGGAUAUUAUUAAUAAUUUCUGCCGCUCUUUAUAAUUACUUUCCCUGAUGAAAAAAUGGGGAGAAUGUUUGUUUGAAUAAUAAAUCUUUUUACGAUUGUUUUUAAGAUAGUAAUUUCUUUGUGUUCCUAGCAGAGCUCCAUAUUAUUGUGAUCAGGUGAUCUUUUGCACUAUUUUUUCAAAACCCUACACUGGCCUAUUUUUAAGAUUAGCAAUAGGGGAAAAUAACUUGUGAGAGGAGAGAAGAGGCUCUCUUUUAAAUCAUGCAUUUUACUGCAAAGCCUAGUAAGGGAUCAGUGGGUUGGUCUGGUAAUUGAGGCCCCUGUGGGCUGCUAAUAACAGACAGAUUCCAGCUGGGUGCAUGUUCCAGGGAUGAUCAGGGGUAUUCUUGAGAAAAUGGAUUGUCCUCUAUGGAGAGGGAAGCCAGUCUCCAUGAAAUGAGAAGAGCUUCCAACAGUAUUUUGAAACAUAGUUGAAGCAGUUACCAAAAUUGUUGCAUGGUUUUUUUGUUUUGUUUUGUUUUGUUUUUAUUAAUUGUUCCAGGAUGAUUAACAAGAUACCACUUAGGUAUUUGAAUUAUCCAAGAUCUGUCCUCCAGAGGACCAAUGAAGUGCUCUGCUUGUGAUCAGAGUAUUUUUUUUUCAGCUACUUGUUCCCCAGGCACUUAAAACAAAGCCAAGCUAGAGUUUUCACCAUUCCCUUCUUAGAAGACAGUGGGCCCAAUUCAUGGAUUUUAAAAUAACAUGACACCUACCUUGCUGUCUAGGUAGAUUUGUGGAACAGUGUAGUGAGUGCCAUCUUUAGUCCUCUCUCUAUUUGCCCCACACUCACCCUUCCCCCAAAAUAAAUUACUGUACAGAUUUAACAGCCCCAAAAUAUCCAAGUGAAUGUUAUCAGAAGGUAGUGGCCCCAUUUUUAAUGCUUACCACCAGUGACCACCCCCCCAAAAAAUGGAGGCAAGGAAUCUGGUAAGAAGGACCUGUUAGACAAUCUAAACAUUAAUGUGGGCAGCCAGGGUCUUGCUGAAGUAUUUUAAUUUUACCUGUUUGGUAAAUUUGAACUCCAUUUGCAUGAUCGGAUUCAAUUAGAGCACUGUGCUAAGGAGGCUAUGUUAGCUUCACAGAAGUAAAAAUUGCUCCAGGACACAGAUGAAACCCUUCUUCCUAGCCAUCUGUCUUUCAAAAGCAUGCCCACUGGUUCACAAGGAACCAGGUAACAAAGCGCGGAUGAUCCCACACAGAUCCAUCAACCCCAUCAGAAUAAAAAAAAAUAAUUCAUUUUGUUCAUCCAUUCAGCAAAUAUUUUAUUGAGUACUCACUCAAGAUGUCUGCCCUACUGCCAAUGAGAUGGUGGAGUCAUCUUUAUGCAAAGGACAGUUUGUUUUAUUUUUACCAAUUAACUUUGUUUACAAUUCUUAAAAAUUGUGAGAAACAGAAGUACUUAAUGACUUAGUGACCAAAUGUCCUAAUUCUGUGAGCAUACUAAAUAAAUCUAUCCUUCACUGACUGUCUUCAACUGGGUUUGAAAAGAUCAAGAGGGCCUGUGCCUGAGCUCAGUGUGAGAAAGAGUACUGCAUCUUUCACCUAGGAAGCAUUGGGUUGGUCCCACGGGGGACAAAAAGGGCCUAACGUGACAGGGUUGAACACGCACUAACCCCGUGCUAUAUUGUAGGACUUUACUUUUGAUUUGUCUUUAAAAAAAAAAUAGAUCAUUUCAGAGCCAAGUGACGUGCACUUUGUCCAACGUAAGGGUCUGCUUUUUGUUUCUUGUUAUCUUUUCCUUUUUAAAAAAAAAAAUCUUUGUUUUGCCUUUAAAAAAAAAUUGUAUUUCUUUGUCAAAUGCAGAAAUGUUUUCAGCCACUCACUGAAGUUUUUGAAUUCUGGCUUGUGCAGUUUUUAUUGUCUGUGUCAGACUUACAGCCAGACUCGGUUCUCCGUCAGCAUUUCCAGGUUCAGUUAAGUCAACAUCAACCCGUUUUGUUCCUCCCCCCCCCCCCCCGCCACCCCCCCUACUCACCCACACACUUAAAAAUCACCUCGUGUGUCGUAACUCAUUUGUUUCAAGGAGAGAAUCAACAGAUCAUAUUCAGUGUCUUGAAUAAAUUGCUAUAUUUUGAUAUUA